AUGAACUUGAAAAAAUUCCCAUCUGACAGUGCACAUGCCAUAGCUGUAGCUGAUUUCAAUGCUCUAGCAACCAUUAAAUCAGAACUCACAUUCGUAGCAUGUCAAACAUGUGGCUUCAUUUCCAAAGCCGACAUCGUAUUUGUGCUAGACGCGUCUUCAAGCGAAGGAACAUUGAACUUCCAAAAACAACUCGACUUCGUCUCACGUGUGGCUAAUGAUUUUCAGAUCGGACCAAACCACGUCCAAAUUGGCAUGCUUACCUUCUCGGACUAUCCAAACCUUGAGUUUUAUCUGAACCAAUACACCGACAAAGCUUCUUUGCUUAGUGCUAUUCAGAAAACAGGGUACCUUACCGGAGUAACAAACACAGAUCAAGCACUCAAGUAUACACGAGAGAAUAUGUUCUCUCCGAAACAUGGUGCCAGAGACGAUGCUAAAAACUACAUGAUUAUUUUGACGGACGGGGCGUCAUCAAAUGCAAACUUGACGCUACAGGAAGCUAACUUGCUAAAGAACCAACACAUCGAAAUUCUUGCAGUUGGUAUUGGUUCUAAUAUAAAUUCAAAUGAGUUGAAUAGCAUGGGGUCAGACUCAAACCAUGUGUUUACAGUCUCGUCAUUUGAUGCUCUGAAGACUGUCCGUACGGAUAUUAAAAAGGCAGCUUGUGAAGAGGUAACGACAACAACGACUACACCUAUGCCAACAACUACUCCAACGACCUUGAAGACUACAACUACGGAACAUUUCAUACCAGAUACUACAACAGAACACUUCAUACCAGACACAACAACCUUGGGCUAGCUUGUCUCCCGAUCAAAUAUGUAAGACAAUCAACUUGACAUAUGCAAUGAUUUUGUAGUCUUUAAAACAAAUAAAAUUGACAGAAGCA